AUGGCAGUCAGGAAAGAAAAACCAGCUGUGCCACCUUCUGUGUCUACCACAGCCAGCCAGGCAAAACUUGAUUUAACACAAACAAACCCAGUGACAGAGCCAAAAUACUCUACACGUGGAGCCGUGGCUGAGACUCCAAUACCUCUCCUCUACAGAGGAAAUUUCACAAAGCUUCCUCAGUGGGAUUUUGAUGAUGUCUAUAACCAGGAUGCCCCACCUAGACCAACAACAUGUGCCCAAUCACUGCGAAACUCUCAGGAUGAGAACUUCAAGAAGGCUUUUCUUCCCAACAUACGUUUGUUUCUGCACAAGGACAACAUUAACAUGAGCGAGUGGAAUCGCCUUUCACAUUUUAACAAUCCUUUUGGGUUCAUGCAGUUCAAAUAUGAUGAUGUGAUGGCUUCAGUGAAGCUGAUUCCAAAACCAAAAGAGCCACUGCUCCUCCCGAAACCAGGUGGUGAUGGCUGUGUUCACUGUGCUGUGGUGGGUACUGGAGGAAUUCUGAAUGGCUCAAAAGUGGGUGCAGAGAUCGAUGCUCAUGAUUACGUUUUUCGGAUGAACGGUGCCGUUACCAAAGGUUAUGAGGAAGAUGUAGGAAAUAGAACAUCAGUGUACGUUCAUACACAGCACUCCAUCACCGCAUCACGUUAUAUUUUUGGGAAGUAUGGAUACAAAUCUGCACCUCAUGAUGAGGGAAUAAAAUAUGUGCUGAUUCCUGAGGGCAUGAGAGAUUUCCGAUGGCUCGAGGGUCUUUUCAAAGGAAACGAGAGCUUUAGUGGCCCACACCACAAGAAAUGGCCAGGGACCUACUAUUCAGGGCAGUACAAUGAGAGCCGAUUCUACGUUCUCCACCAGGACUUCCUCCGAUACGUGAGGAACAGGUUCCUAAAGUCACCUAAUCUGAAUAAAAGAUUCUGGGCAAUAGUCAGACCAACCAAUGGAGCAUUCGCUCUCUUCCUGGCUUUGCAUACUUGUGACACAGUGGAUGCAUAUGGAUUCAUGACUGAUGACUACAUGAAAUACUCCAACUACUAUGUUCAGAAGUACAUUAAAACUAGAGUAAUUUUCUAUGCCAACCAUGACUACAAGUUGGAGAAGAAUACAUGGAAAGACCUUCACAACAGAAAAAUAAUAAAGCUGUAUCAAAGAAUGGAGCCAGAAUCAGGGACUGAAAAGCCAAAGUAACACUGAGUCCACCCGUAAGGAUAAAACCUACACCACUGAUGAUAUUCAAGAGCCAUGUCAGCAAGCACAGCAAGAAGGUCCUUUGUUCAUAUCCACCACAUAACUGGAGGCUUUCUUUGUGGAGUUUGCCUGUUCUCUCUGUGUCUGUGUGGGUUCUCUCCGGGUAAUUCAGCUUCCAUUGAUUGUCCAUUAAGACAUGCACUUAGUGGGGUUAGGUUAAUUGGUGAUGGUAUAUUGGCCAUAGGUGUGAAUGUGAGUGUCAAUGGUUUCGUGUCUCUCUCUGCAAUAAACUGGUGAGCUAUCCAAGGUCUGCUA